UUUCGGGCACUGGAGUAUGACAGCUUCGUGUGAUGCGAUGCUUAUUUUUAUCAUUCUUAAAAAUAAUUUUUUAAAAAUGUAUUUAUAGGUCUUUAACCCAUUUCCUACCAGGUGUCUUGGAUACUUUGAAUCGCAGGGACCUCUCUCUCUCAUCCGAUUGGCCGAAGCCGUCGUGACGCAACAUGUCAACCAGCGUGAGCGAUGCUGAAGAGGCGGCGUGGGGACUGUGCGCGUCUGCGGCUCAAUGUCGGACCGGUUUCGCGUUACCCGGCUUUAUAGUUAGAAAAAUUCGUGGACAAAUCACGGAUUUUAAUCGGAAAUAUCCGGAAAUUGUUCUGAAAACAUCAGCUGUAAGGUGCAGUUUUGAUGUUUAAGUUGCGUCGAGCACUUGCAUGCUUUUUUUUUUAUUUAUUUAUAGAUAUAUAAAGAAUGUUUGCAUAAUUUUGGACCUAUACCUAUAACGUAUUUAUGAGGCACCUGCAAAACAAAGUCACCUGCAAGAAGAGGAUGCUCAUUACCUUUGAUCCAUGACUGUUUUCAAGAGUAUGGACAAAGCGUCCGUGGUCCAGGCUUAUCCAGCAGUAUGAUUGGAAACUCCAGUCUCUCGGGGGACACCAUGAUAGCCUGCCACUUCCCUGUGGUGCAGCUUCCCACUUGGCAACUUCCAGUCCAGGCCCUCUGCAGCUCGGCCAAGAGGACCGGCCGGCUGUGCCCGGUAGGCCUGACCCGGGCUGUGUCCCUCCCAGAGAAAGACUCGCUCAACCGGGAGCACGCCUUCACCGGCGGCCGCAGACACUUUUCCAGCAGCUACAGUAGUCUCAAUGAGGACCGAGGGGAGGAGGAGGGGACCAGCGACAGCAGCGGGAGGUACGACUCCAACUCGUCGCCGGAGGAGACGAGUUCCCAUCAGAAGAAGGAAAGCUCUGCGACUAGAAGCAACGUGAGAUCGCGCAACUCAUUCGUUCCCAAUACAGAACUGGAUGAGGAGGAAGAGGAUGAAGACAGCGAUGGAGAUAAUCUACACAGAUAUCACGAGGACUCGUCUUUUGUGUUGCAUGGCAAUUCCAACUGGCCGCUUAGUAAUGAUGCCACGAAUUACACGAUGUCUCACGAGGACCUGGACUGUGAAUGGAGCACUGAAGGGACGAUGCUGGAUACUCGGAGCGACCGAGAGUGGCUCCCUAACCAGUCUAACCAGAUGGACUCUCUGCAGCCUGAAUGCCAGUGCUUUCAUAAGAGCAGAUCUGGCACCGUGGUGACAGCUUGCCUAGAGCAGGACUCAGACAGACUGAAGGAUAACAUGUCCUGCUGCCUCCACAGCCAACACCAAUGCUCCCCAGACGUGCUGUCCAAUGGCCAGGCGGAGUACGUCAGUGACUCUUCCUGUAACAGUUCGGAUGGCGUCCUAGUUAACUUUUGCACCAUCUACAACGGGAGUAACAAUCCUGCCACGCCUCAAGAUCUCAGCAGUCCGGCAAUUAACCCCCCUCAGUUAUCCGAGGGAUCCGUGUUCCUCAACCUACAACCUGUUUGCCAAAGUCAGACUGAGGGCGUCCAACCUGAAGGCAUGGGACUUUACUCUCCCCAGAAAGAGGAGGUUGACAUGACGCUCUUUGCGUCCCGCUGGUCUCCCCAGGGCCUCGACUCUAACUGCAAUCUUUACUCUCUGGAGCCGCUGCCCCCAGGUCUCUCCUCUCUAGAAGUGUCAGACCUGUCGGCCUGUCUUCAGGGCCAGGCCACGCUGGCCGUGGGGACCAACCAGAAGUACUACAAGCUUGUGACCUGUGACCUCUCCUCCCAGUCACCAAGCCCAGCCUGGUCCAGCCUCACAAGCUGCCCCGAGGGUCAAACCAGAAGCAGCCCCUACCCUCCUCUGUUUAAUCAAAGGAAAGAAGACCACAAUGAAGCCAAGAAGGAGAAAGAGGAUCAGCUAAAUGAAAAGGGCGUCUCCUCUGCUCAGAGCCGCUCUGAGACCGAUGAUUACCAGGUUGCCACCACCUCCACUGACAAAGGCUUCUGCAGGAAGGAACAUACAGACGGUAUCCAGAACCUCUCCCACACGCCUUGCUCGCUGUGCCCCAGCCAGUGUAGCCCACAUAGCAGCAAAUGCCAAGACACAAGAACUGCAUCCACACGGCCAUCUGUGACUCAAGAGCAGGAGCACAAAAAUACUGAUGCGGUUGAGAUGGGGGCCUGUUCGUUGCAAACAGAAGUGGUGCGCUACAGUAAGGCCCAGAGGCCGACCUCGCUGCCCAUCCAGCCCUUCGUACUGAUCCCCACAGGGAAACCUCAGUCUCAGGCCCAGCACCUGGGCUGUCUUCUGGAGCAGUACCUGAAUCAAAAAAGCAGCAAGCCUGGUAGCUCCCAGCCAGGCUCCAAGUUCAAGGAGAAAAGCAACGUCCAGCCGUCGCCAAUGAGCAGCCACUGCCCCAUCUUCCUGGAGGCUCCUUCCAGCUCUGAAACCUGCUCCACCUGCACGCCGAGCCCCGAGUGCUUCAGCCGCAGACAUGAAUGGAGCCUGUCCGGCAAAAGUCCAUGCACAUCAAAAAGCAGUCUGGAUCCAUAUCACAGCAGCCUAAAGCCUGUAAUGGUUCAGGUGCAAGAUAAAACGAGCCCUUACUCAGGCAAAACUUUUUUAAAUCUGAUCUCGGCUCCAAACCAACCUAAGCUUGUUAAAAUUCCCACGUACCAAGACCUGAUUAAGCUCACCUCUCAUGGGAGCCAUGACAGCCUUGAGGCCAAAACUCCCAACCAGUCCAUAACCAACGACUCCUACUAUUCAGUAUUGUCCCACACACCGCCCACUUUACCCCUUACUGCUGACACCCACCACCCAAACCUGCAGGCGUCCCUGUCUGCCUCCACACCCUCGCCACCGCAGCAAAAUUUACCACAGUCUGCAGCUGCACCUGCAGCCCACUCUGGCUUUAAUCACAGUAGUAUUGCAGCGGCCCUCUCCUCAGUGGCUCCUCUCUCCUCUUUGAGUUCUCUCCUGUCUUUGGCUGCUUCAGGCCUGCAUCCACAACACAUCCCGGCCUCUGCAGGGCUCAGUUCGAAGCAGAGUCAUCACAGCGAAUCUCUGAUUCUGAGUGACAAGCCGCCGACAGAGUUCUGCCUUUCGCCUGAUACAUCUUAUGAGUCUAUGUCGAUCAGCCACCUUCAGAGGAAAGGUUUGUUGAGGUCUGUGAGCAGGGCGGUGGAUUUGAUCAUGGCUCAUUUUGGCAGCAGCAGAGACCCUGAAGAAAAGAUGCGCCUGGGUAACAGCUCUUACAGUCCCACAAUUGCCGGUCUGGUGCUGGAGCACUUGUGUCCGUCGAUUCAGAAUAUUUUAGAGGACGGUCUUAGGGAUCACAACCUGGACCUUAUAAUCGGGCAGCGUCGCAACCACUCCUGGAGCGUCGUUGAAAUCUCUACGAGGAUCGGUCCAUCUACCAGAGUCCUUCACAGCCUCGUCACCAAAAUCAGACAAUGUCCCCAGCUUAGCAGCCACUGCAUGAGACUAAGAGCCUUCAUCAUGGGCCUGCUUAACUUGAGAUCUUUGGAAUUCUGGCUCAGCCACCUUCUCAGUCAAAAAGAUGUGGUGACAACAUACUACCAUUCUUGGGGCUUCCUGUCCACGUCCCUGGGUCGGUGCCAGCCCCUGUUUCAGGAGCUUCUUCUUCUACUGCAGCCGCUCUCUGUGUUGCCCUUCGACCUCAAUUUGCUCCUGGAGCCACGACUGUUACGUGAUAGACCACUGUGUUCUGAGGAGCCGGGAGUUUCUCCACCUCAACCGUGCUCCGCCCUUCUAGCCACCAGCUGGCCGAGACUUCAAGUCGACAAAAAAGUAGACAGAAUCUGUAGCAGUCAGCAAACUAAUGUUUCACAGCAGGUAGGUCUGCAUUCCCAAGAGUCUUUCAGUUCUCAGAAUUCAAGUUGCUACCAGCAGCAUCAUGGAGGCAUGCAGGUCAACAGGAGCCCACUGUUGGCACCUAUUCCUGAGUGGAGGCCAAAGGAAUCUGACUCUGUGGAUGGUGUAGAUGAAGGAGAGGACUGUAGCCAAAGUAACGCAGAUACUUGGUCUCAAAUAAGUAUGGACAGCAAGCAAGAAGAGAGGAGAGUAGAGGGACACUGUGCAACCCCAAAUACACCAACUACUGUCCAGGCAGCUGGGCUGCGCUGGGCCAAAUUGUUUGGAGCAGGUGAUAUGUCAACCAGAGCAGAAACGAUUUCUCAGAGUCAAACCGGAGCCCAAACCAGACGGUACAAGAGACCAUCACAGUGGCUACACUUGGACAGAUCCCAGCUUGAACUGUUGGCUCAAUCCAUCAGGUCAAUGAAACUACCUGGAGCUGAGAAAGGCUGCUGAGAACUAAACCCUCUGUCUGGGAAGGACGUGACCGGGGACUAUCUACUGUAAUAACAAAAGUCUUAACUGCAUGAAUAUACAAACACAGCCCAAUUAUACAUGUCAACUGGUAAUAAAGCACAACAAAAUAACAUCAACAGCUUUGGCAGUGGCCCAUAUUCAUCAGGCUGUGAGUUGCACCAGCUGUUUAAGUUUUUGUGGAUUCCUUCUGAAUUCUUAUUAAAUAUCAUCACGAAAUAUGUUACAAAAACUACCAAAGUUUAUGUCACAUCGAAAAUGAAGUGGUUUAGCAUCACAAACUGUAGCAUAGAAACAAAGAAUGUAGACAAAUAUUUAAAUUUUACAUCAGUAUUAAUCAAUAUUUUGAUUCUGGUCAAAUAUGUCAACCACAUUUCUCUUAUCUCUUACAGGUUAUGUAGAAAGCUAACGGUAGCAUUGUGAGCUUGGAAACAGUAUAACCUUAGGGCUGCUAGAUGUAAAUGCAUCAGGAUAAAUGUCUCAUUUGAGCUAGUUUGGGUGGUGCAGCUUCAUUUAGGGAUGUGUAAUUGUCCACUUAGUAAACCUCUGCUGCUGCAACUGAUCUUAAAAUGUUCCUAAGAUGUUCACUUUGUGAUGAGAUUUAAGGAUGAAGUAAAGCCAGCUUAAUGAAUAUGGGCCAAUUCUCCUGUUUGCCUUUGAACUCUUGAAUAACUGUGAUUGGUUUUAUUUCCUAGAGGCAGACAUCAGUCAUAAAACAUAAGUAAUGACCUGCUGCAGACUGUUAUACAUUCCUGUGGUCCAAACCUAUCAGUUUCUCAUACGUCACCUUCAGUCCCCGCAUAGUUGUACUGUUCAGUUCAUUGAUAGGUUAAAAAAACAAAAAAAACAGCAAUACACUUUUAUCUGUGCCAAAUAUGCCACACACACCAGCCUCUUGUGGUAGACUAUCAGUGAUGUUUUUAUACCCUGUUACUAUUUUCUCCAGCAUGGAUUUCCUGUAGGUGCAUGACUUAAUACGCAUACAGCAGGCCCUCCUGUCUUGAUCAUGAAUUUUCUCCUGAUGCUUCUGUAGAGAUUGCAGUUGGACAUUUUUAUUUUUUGGCAUGGGGGGUUUAAAAUGUGCGGAAUUGUCCGGUUUAUGCAGUGCUACGUAUUCCAGUGCACUUGGUCCGGAUGCUUAAAAAUAAGCCAUCUUGUGGCUGUUUCAGGUAUUUAACUGUGUGUCAGAUGGUGGAGAUUUAAGGUGGGGGGAAAGAAAGUGACGGUAAUUGUGUGAAAUGUGAAAUUUUUUAAUGCACUGUGAAAGUGAUCCGCCUGGUUUUAGUUCUUCUGAUUCUCCUCUGAAUGCUUCCUCUAAUGCCCAGUGACAAUCAACGUCUGUCAAUAAAGACCUGCCAUGUCUUCGA